CAAACUCGCCCACUAGAACCACAAAAGUUUUUACUUGAUAGUUUCUUCUGCUUCUCUGAAACUGUGAGACCGAUCCUAAAAAUGGCGACUUCUCUGUCUACCACACUCUCCCCCAACAAUCUUCUCCACCCCAACACCAACACCAACACCAAUCUCACUUCAACACGUGUGCUAUCGUAUCAAACUCUCAGGCCGCACCCCAACAAAACUUUCAGUCUCUCAACGCGGCAGUGCCACCUCGUACCUUCCGCUGUGUCUGGUUCUCCCGGGAUUGAAACUUCGGAGGUGAGUGAAGAUAGCUCAAGUUUACUUGAUACGGUGAAAGUCUUCGAUUUAAAUGGAAAUGGGAUUCCCAUUUCUCAACUCUGGAACGAUAGGAAAGCUAUUGUUGCUUUUGCUCGCCAUUUCGGAUGUGUCUUUUGCCGCAAACGGGCUGAUUAUCUUGCCUCCAAGAAGGAUAUCAUGGAUGCAUCUGGUGUGGCACUAGUUAUAAUUGGACCUGGCAGUGUUGAUCAGGCAAGAGCAUUUUCUGAGCAAACAAAAUUCAAGGGAGAAGUUUAUGCAGAUCCUAACCACUCAUCGUACGAGGCGCUGGAAUUUGUUUCUGGGGUUUUAACUACAUUUACUCCCAAAGCAGGUCUCAAGAUAAUUCAGUUGUACAUGGAAGGUUAUCGACAAGACUGGAAGCUUUCAUUUGAAAGGGACACUGUGAGCAGAGGCGGCUGGCAGCAAGGUGGGAUUAUAGUUGCAGGUCCUGGGAAAAGUAACAUCUCAUACAUUCAUAAGGACAAAGAAGCUGGGGAUGAUCCUGAUAUUGAAGAUCUUCUGAAAGCAUGUUGCUCAUGAAGGAGAAAAUAAGUGGCUUCAUGUUUAUUGGAAGCCUAUACAAGGAGCUCAGGCAAAUUUCAUUGUUAUAAAAGAUAUUAGGUUAUGUAUAUUAUUACCAACUUGUGCACUACAGUUACUAAUAAAAGUGUAUCAUAUGAAGAGUUGCAAUAAAAGGGAUUUCAUGAUGUCGUGUCAUAAA